CGCGCGUCUCUCGCGAUCGUCGGACCGCGCGUACCUAAAAUAGGGAGGUUCUCGUCGUCCUCGCGGAUGUUGCGCGCGGAUCUCGCAAGCCGGUCAGAGAAAACUCAUGUGAUUUAUUACGCCGGAAGUAAGCUUGACGUUCGCCUGUGAGUGGAUACAAAGAGUUACAGGGAAACCGCCAUGCGUCAUGGAAUGUUUUGAUUAUUUGACGAUCAAGUCAAUUGGUUCUCAUACCAAAUUUUUUAAGAAACUUGUGAUCGACGAGUUUAGAAAGAAUUUGUCGUACAAAUUAAUAAUACAGUAUUUUUAACACAAAAAAAAUUUUAGCUUAGAAAAAUUUGCAUUUUAAUUAUGCCACCCGGAAAGCCAAACUUUGCGACUUUUUCAAGAAGAAAAGAUCGAUCAUCAUACGUUUUGGAUUUUAGCAGUUUUAUCUUCGCAUUCCCCAAUCUCUACUUUCCUUAAGCAUUGACGCCGAUAAAUAAUAAGGUGAUCAAAAUGAUACGAUAUUUAUAAACGUGAUAAAAAAUAAAAAAUAAGCGACAUUAAAAUCGGAGAGACUGAUAAAAUUCAAUUGUGCGAAUAUGCAGAAAAGAUCGUGGUGACUCUAUAAAGAAAGUGCAGGGAUGGUAGAGCAUAUCAAGGAUUAAAGGAGACACAUCAGAAUGUUAAAAGCAUCGCGGUGGUUUUGAAACCGAGCAAACGAAAGAAGAAUUCUUCCAGAGAAUUGUUGAUGGCAAUCAUGUUGUGCGGAACGAGUCUCGUGAGAUGCAAUGAUAUCUUCUAUGUCGCGUAGACGAACAUCAAGCCUGCACGGAAGAUGAUGAUCGCUUAAGAAUUCUCUCUGUUGUGCGACGAAUUUUUGAAGAUGUGCAGUUUAGUGUUAAAGUGUCGGUGAGAACGGCAUAACUUCACGUACCUAUGAUUUUUCUUUUCCUUUUUUCGUCGCAUUUCGUCUUACGGAAAAUCCACACGAACGAUGUCAUAAUCGUCCAAGUGUGAAUUAUCUUCACGGUGGACACGAUGGCACUGUUGUUCGUCAUAAUCGUCAUUUCGAUCACCACUGUCAUGUCGCUGCCGCCGGUCAUUAGAAUCGGAGCGAUCUUUACCGAGGAUCAGAAGGAUAGCCCGUCGGAGUUGGCAUUCAAAUAUGCCAUUUAUAAAAUCAACAAGGAUAAGACUCUCUUGGCGAAUACAACAUUGGUUUACGAUAUCCAAUAUGUGCCUAAAGACGAUUCGUUUCGCACGUCCAAAAAAGCUUGCAAGCAAUUAUCAAGAUCGGUGCAAGGAAUCUUCGGACCAUCCGACCCACUUUUAGGCGCUCAUAUACAAAGUAUAUGUGAAGCAUUGGACGUCCCUCACCUCGAAGCGCGGGUCGAUUUCGAACCCACUUUCAAGGAGUUCAGUAUCAACUUAUAUCCCGCACAAGAUCAGCUUAACAAAGCAUUCAAAGAUCUUAUUUCCUUUCUAAACUGGACCAGAGUGGCCAUUAUUUAUGAAGAGGAUUAUGGACUGUUCAAACUGCAGGAUCUUGUGAAAUCUCCCCCAUCCGUGAGAACUGAAAUGUACAUCCGUCAGGCGGGUCCUAUAUCUUACAGACAAGUCCUGCGGGAGGUUAGACACAAAGAAAUCUUUAAACUGAUUGUCGACACAGAUCCAGCGCACAUGCAGCAAUUUUUUCGAGCGAUAUUGCAACUACAAAUGAAUGACUACAGAUAUCACUAUAUGUUCACAACUUUUGAUAUAGAAACGUUUGAUCUAGAAGAUUUCAAAUAUAACAGUGUGAAUAUGACAGCCUUUCGCUUAGUAGAUCUCGAAGAGCCCAAAGUUGCUGAAGUACUCAAGCAGAUGGAACGUUUUCAACCAGCAAUUGGACAUGCCAUUUUGAACAAAACUGGGGUCAUUCAGGCAGAACCAGCUUUGGUGUACGAUAGCGUACAGGUUUUUGCGCAUGGUUUGGCAGCUCUGGAUCGUAGUCACGAUUUAAGACCAGCAAAUCUGUCCUGUGAGAAAGAGGAACCGUGGGACGACGGUUUAUCACUCUACAACUAUAUUAAUGCCGCAGGCUUACACGGACUAACCGGCCAUAUUGAGUUCAAUGAAGGGAAGAGAAACAAUUUCAAGCUAGAUCUCUUAAAACUGAAAAAAGAGGAGCUCGUUAAAGUCGGCGAAUGGAAAUCCGGAUCUGGUAUUAACAUCACGGAUCUAGGCGCCUUUUACGAGACCACGAUGACCAACAUUACGCUGGUGGUGAUGACGAGAGAGGAAAGACCCUAUGUCAUGGUGAAAGAAGACAAGAAUUUGACUGGUAACGCGAGAUUUGAGGGCUUCUGCAUCGAUUUGCUCAAGUGGAUUGCUGGUCAGGUUGGUUUCCAAUACGCAAUCAAAUUGGUGCCUGAUCACAUGUACGGAGUGUACGAUCCUGAGACGAAAGAAUGGAAUGGAAUCGUGCGCGAACUCAUGGACAAGAGGGCGGAUCUAGCGGUUGCUUCCAUGACGAUUAAUUAUGCCAGAGAAAGCGUAAUAGAUUUCACAAAGCCGUUUAUGAAUCUCGGAAUUGGAAUCUUAUUUAAGGUGCCGUCCAGUCAGCCGACACGGCUUUUCUCCUUCAUGAACCCACUGGCGGUCGAGAUCUGGCUCUACGUGCUCGCCGCCUACAUGCUCGUGAGCUUCACUCUCUUCGUGAUGGCGCGCUUCAGCCCAUACGAGUGGAACAAUCCGCAUCCGUGUCUGGCCGAGAGCGACGUGGUCGAGAACCAGUUUACCGUCAGCAACAGUUUCUGGUUCAUCACCGGCACCUUCCUCAGACAAGGCAGCGGGCUCAACCCUAAGGUGACCAAACGCACGCCACCGCGGCUCUUCUCGUUCAUGACUCCCCUCGCCGUGGAGAUCUGGUUGUCCUUGCUAGGCGCUUACAUGAUGGUUUCCUUAACGAUUUGGAUAGUGGCAAGAUUCUCACCCCAUGAAUGGGUGGAACCGUCCCCUUGCCCAAGCUGCAAAUGUCCCUUGCAGGGUAGUCACGUGAGCGCCUUGGAUCCGGACAGCGACGACAUUCCUCUACUGAGAACUGUCAACGAGUUCAGCCUGGCCAACAGUUUUUGGUUUACGGUCGGCACACUUAUGCAACAAGGCAGCGACCUCAACCCUAAGGCAACUAGUACGAGAAUAGUAGGCGGCAUUUGGUGGUUCUUCACGUUAAUCAUCAUCUCCUCUUACACCGCGAAUCUGGCUGCUUUUCUGACGGUGGAAAGGAUGAUAACGCCAAUCGAAAACGUCGCCGAUCUCGCGGAACAAACUGAGAUAUCUUACGGCACUUUAGAGGGUGGAAGUACGAAAACAUUCUUCAGAGACUCGAAAAUUGGGAUUUAUCAGAAAAUGUGGAGGUUUAUGGAAUCAAAGACUCCAUCCGUGUUUGUUCAAACCUAUGAAGAAGGAAUUAAAAAAGUCCUAGAUGGCGAUUAUGCAUUUUUAAUGGAAUCAACCAUGCUCGAUUAUGCAGUUCAACGUGAUUGCAAUCUGACACAAAUAGGAGGCCUGCUGGAUAGCAAAGGAUAUGGAAUUGCUACUCCAAAAGGUUCGCCCUGGAGGGAUAAAAUAUCUCUAGUUAUCCUAGAGCUGCAAGAAAAAGGUGUAAUACAGAUCCUCUAUGAUAAAUGGUGGAAGAAUACAGGCGAUGUAUGCAACAGAGACGAUAAGAAUAAGGAGAGCAAAGCUAAUGCUCUUGGAGUUGAAAAUAUUGGCGGUGUCUUUGUUGUACUGCUCUGCGGCCUAGCGCUCGCGAUUCUGGUGGCGAUCCUCGAAUUCUGCUGGAACUCCAAGAAAAAUGCUCAAUCGGACAGGUCUCUCUGCGCCGAGAUGGCCUCGGAAUUGCGAUUCGCCAUCCGCUGCGGCUCCCGGCAAAGACCUGCCGCAAAAUCGCGUAAUUCCGCGGCGGCGGGUCUGUGCGGCCGUUGCAGCCCGCGAUCCUCCAGGAGAAGAACGCGUCUCUGCUCCUCCGCGGAACACGAAGAGACGACCUACAUACCGAGCAUCGAGAUCCCGCGAUUAAAUGCAGGAGGGUGGUGCGUUGUCGAUGACGGAGAUGAAGAAAUCAUUGAGCUUCGAUCAAGUAUCCCAUGGCGGGAACACCUAGCACAGGCCUCAUCCUCAUCUUCGUCCUCCACAGCAGCAGCAACAGCAACAGCAAUCGCAACAACAGCAACCGUGCAAAGCCACCUCCACGCACACGCGUCACACGCACUGCCACUCACAUUCACAUCUUCACAGCCACCACUCGCACAAACAUCAAACACUUCCACCGAGGCAGAGACGGAGCUCUCCGGGCAUCAUCUUGGGUCAAGGAGGUGACCAUCCUGAGAAUAUUCUGUGGAGAUUUGACUGCGAUCUAGCGGGUGAACCGGACGUAGUAAUUUCCCCACCGCCCCCACCGCCACCACCACCUUCGGCAACUGUAUCGAGAACUACGACCCUUUGACCAAUACUCGAAGAGGUGCCGACAGGUGUACCUAUUCAAAAGGAACUGCCCACUCAGGCCUCGGUGGUCAUCAACGUGAUAGAUCAGAAAGAGACGUGCUUAUAGCACAUAUAGUCGCCGGGGCGAGUUGGUAAACCGCAACGAGGGCCAUCCCGCGCCGACGACGAUGUCGAAUCAUCAUCGAUCGAAGUGCUAACGAGAAUUUGAGGCUGAGGUCAAUUGGAUGAGAAUACCGUGACCGGAAUUACAGUGUCUUUUUUUUUGCGAUGUAUGUUCUCUAAAACACUUCAAUAACUUCUUCUAUUCUUUCAAUGGAACUAUAAAUGGACGUAAAUGGACGUAUAAUAUAGCUCGCGGUACUUGGAGUAUCAAACAAAGUCGGGAUUAUACGCUGGCACGUAUAAUCCCGCGUGUAUCCACGUGAAGAUAUCGAUAGCACCGGCAUUGAUGCAAGAAGGAUGCGUUUCCUAAUCGAGAUAAUGGAUAGAAAUUGUGUAGUUGCUCACAUGCAAUUGUUUGUUGAGCCAAUAUUGUUGUAUCAAUGAGUAAGUAGAUUCAGGAAACUAUCGAGUUUGUUAGUCUGAAUGAAAACAACAGAAUGCUAUUUGCAAACAAUACGGAUCCCUUGGUAGCAUACGUCUGACCAACGAAUCGGACCUGGAUUGGUAUCAAAUUGAAAAGUGCCAGUGCGUGAAUGUCACGAAUCAAUCGGAAGAGUAGGAACUGCAAAUGGAAUACCACGCGCAAUACCAGUUGACCAGGAAUUGCUCGUGUUUCGAAAUUUCCCGAGGCAACGAUAGAACCGAGUGGAAAGCCGGACGUUUGUUCGAAGUAUCCAACCGGACAGACCAGAAACCGUCCGCGACACCAUGACGGAACACAAGCCGAUAGAACCGAAUUUCAAGUUAAACACAUAUCGAAGCAGAUUUAGAAAGUCGAUAAAGUUUGUUAAAACGACUCGUUUUCACAUAUAGAACUGUAUUCCAUCUACGACUAUAUUGCGACUCUUAGAUUAAAAACUAAUCGCAAGAGCCAAUAAUGGACCAUAAAACAUCAAAUCAUCCAUUGCAAAAUAUCUAAAUAAUUAUAAUUGUUUUUUAAGUUAUUGGCACUGUAGGAUCAAUUUCCAAAUUAUUCAAAAUAUAGUCGCAUCGCAAUUUUAUGCAAUUCUGUAUGUUAAUGCGAGCGUCAAUCGCUGUAUGAUCGCUGACACAUAUAGUAAUGUGAUAGCAACGUCUAUUGGAAUGCAGUUUCCAGUGACAAUAAUUUUGAACUGCAAUUUUGUCGCAAUACUCACAAGACAAAUAUUUUAUUUUUCUUUUUACCAAUGCAAGAUCAAAGAUGCAAGAUAGAAUCAAUAGACAAGUAAAUGACAGUAAAUUACAAACGGCUAAA